AUGGACGAGACUUCGGAGGUACUCCAAGAAGUAUUCAGGUGCUACUACUUAAAGUUUGAUUACCGUCUAUUGCACCAGAUAGGGGAGAGUGUCUCAUAUGACAAUUUAUUUCGACGACUCGCGUGGCAAAUACAUUUAGAGAUCUUACCAUUACCCGUCAGUCCCUUAUGGGUUAACAUCAUAGAAGCCCAACGCGAACGAUAUGACCAAUUUUUAGAGUACUUGAAACCGACUCAAUAUGAUGAUGUGAUAGGACAAGACAUUAACAGACUCUUCUCUGAUAUACCUUUCUUCAUGGUAGAGUCGACAAGAAACACAGUGAAACGGAUGUGUCAAGUGUUUGCUCAGAAUCACCCGAACAUCGGAUAUCAACAAGGCGUCCAUGAAUUAGUCGCGAUAGUCUAUUUGGCAUUCUCAGGGAACACCCCACCCUUUGUCGACUCUCCAGUUCCAUUUCCUCAAGAGUAUUUGGACACUUUUAAAACACUAACAAAGAAAGGCUACACCGAGCACGAUGCGUACAUCGCAACAGAAAGAAUCAUUGUGAUGCUGGCGA